AUGUUAAAAAUGGAUAUCAAAUCACAUUCAUUACGUGAAAAAGUGUUAGCAUGGAUUGGAUACAACUAUUUUACGCAGAAUCAGUUUUUACAUCACGAAGAAGAUUACGUAGAUAAUUGGCCUCGAUCAUUUGCUAUUGGUAUUUUUGGUGCACAAGUAGCUGAUGUUCAUUUUAACCGUUUAUGGAAUACUCUAUUUGAUUUUGAAUUAAUUUCUGGUGUUAAGUUUGCUGAAAUCAAAAACGCAAUGAAUGUGACUUAUAAUUGGUGGGGUAGUGCAAACGAAGCCACAAUUUCCCAACGGAUUUUUGAUUUUGAUGAUUGGAAUUCGAUCAUUUUAGCGAUGUUUAGUCCAUUUUAUGUUACGGAAGAGAAUUUUAUCAGUUACUGGUGGAGACCAGAUAAUGGACAAAUUGGUACUGAAAAGCCUUCUGAAUUAUCAAUUUAUGAUUUAACUGGACGAAUGCAUCAGUCUACAAGACUUGUUUUGAAUCGCGAGAGAUGGCAUGAAUUUCCAUUUUAUCAAAAACCCUUUCGACCAUAUCGAAUUCGAAAAGAUUUGACAAUUAUGCCAGGAGCAACGCUAACUAUUGAAAAGGGCGUUGAGAUUCAUGUAUGGCCAAACGUGCGUAUUCUCGUACUGGGUAAUUUGAAAGCAGAAGGAACGUAUUGGGAACCAAUACGUUUUAAACCAAUUAACGUAACAGAAUAUAUGGAACAGCGUGGUGAUUCUAAUUCUCUAAUUACGAAUAAUAACAUCUCAGUUGAAUGCAUGAAUGGAUCAGAUGCACUGUGUCGACUGAAAGUUAAGCGUCAAGCUAAUUGGGCGGGACAAGAUGCUAUUUAUCAUCAAUUUCCAUCUUUGAACCGGAAUGAUCCUUAUUACCAAAGCUUCGAGGUACGAUUAAAUAGUACUGUACCAAAAGUUGGUUUUCUGGAAUUUUUUAAUAUCACUACUGGUCAGUGGAUACCAUCUUGUGAUCGUGAAUUUACUCUAAGGAAUGCACAGGUAGUAUGUCGUGAACUUGGUUUUGGCGAUAGAAAUGUUUAUGAAUGGCUGACACCACGAUGGGAUUAUAAUCCAAAAAUAAAUAUUUUAAAAACUUAUGUUAUGCCUCGACAAUGUUCAGGUACUGAGUCGAGAUUAGAUCAGUGCGCAGUUCGAUUAACAGAUAACUUAAACAAAUGGCAGUGUGUAGAUAGUGAACAUUUUAACUUUAUUCACUGUGGUGAACAAACUAUCCUAAAUAACAAUUAUAUUGGCAACUGGGGCGGUAUUACUAUCGGACAUGAUACUGUUGAUUACGGGCUCAUCACUACAAAUACAGAAGAAUCGAUUCUACGAAAUGUGGAAAUUGUUGGUGCAGGCUUGGUUCAUAAUGAGACGACUGAUGUCGCUGCGCUUCUAACUGUUCGUCGGAAUCCAGUAUUUGAUCAUGUUAAUAUUACAAAUUCUUCAAUGCAUGGCUUGCAGAUACUUUGCCCUCAUGGAGAUGUGAUCAUAAAUAAACUGAAUGUGACCCACAAUCGUGGUCGAGGUUUGAGUUUUUGGUUAUCAAAUUCACAAGGAACCAGGGGAACUUCAACAGUUGUUCACGGCGAUAUGAAUAUAAUUCCAUACAAUGCUCCGGGAUUAUUGGAUAUUUGCGCGGCUCAAAAAUAUUUCAAAUUGAAAAAUCGAAUAAUUAUAUAUUAUAAAUACGAUUCAAAUUCUGUUGACUGCGUUAAAAUUGUUUCUUCAUCAAAGCAAAAUAUCGCAUUCCGUUUUCUUCUGGUAAAUCUAUACGAUAAUUCUGGUAAUAAAUUUGGUCGAUUAGAUUCAAUAACACUUUAUAAUGAUCUACAAUUUACUCAAAUUAUUCAUCGCUUUACUUCCCAAACAACGGAUUGGUCAGUAAACAUUCAAGCUGAAUCUUUAUUAGCUAUUCAUGUCAGUGCUAAUGCAGCUAAUGGUGUAUAUGGUUUUAUAGCAGAAAUCGCUAUCACUCCGAAAUCAACACAAACAAAAUUAGUGGACGAAGUCUUAAUACGACAUAGUCGAAUUGAUAAAAAUGAUCGUGGUGCAAUUACUUAUCGUAAUACAGGUGAUAUUGGACCAAAUCUCGCAAUAAUUAACUGUCGAAUACAAAAAAAUGGUUAUCAUUUAUAUGGCAAUAUUAGUACAGCAAAUCAUGCAGUUCGUUUGCAUUUCCAUAACACAAUGAUUGCUCAUUUACGUAAUAAUUUAUUGAUGCAUAAUAAUGGUGGCUUAGAAAUGACCGCUUUAACAACAAGUCCAAUAGCCAGACUAACUGUUGUAAUUCGUGAAUGUGCAUUUAUGCAUAACAGUAAUGGGGCAGUUCUUGCUUUUUUGGGUAAUGGUAACCAGAAGUUAUGGAUGUUCAAUAACAUAAUUCGGAAUAAUUAUGCUUCUUAUCAUGACACGAUUCUGCUAAAAGGUAUUAAUGGAAAUUUGACGCAUAAUCUUAUUGUUAACAAUACUGGUCUACAUAAUCUUGACUUGCAAGCAAAUUUGCCUACUUCAGCAGAUUCCUAUUAUUUAUAUAAAAAUUGGUUCUAUGAUAAUAUUGCUUUUGGACAUGGCUAUCAAUAUCAGGAACAAUAUGGAUAUCAACCAGAUCAUUUACGAAAUCUGUUUAAAUCAAAAUUUAAACGAGAUAUAUUGAUAAAAAAAGGAGUUAGUUUUGAUUGGUGGAGUCAUGUCGGAAUGGAUUCGAUACGGUACCCAAGUACCAUUUUUACUGGAAUAUCAAGUGGAAUGUACCGCGGAAAUGUAUUCAACAAUCCAAAAAAUUCAUAUGAAUUGGUAACAGGGAAAGCAAUUAGCAUGGAAGGACGGGCAGUUGAUGCUGUAGAAAACUAUUGGGGUUACCCAGGAACAGUUAGUGUCGCAAGUGGAAAAAUCCGUGAUUAUCAUGAUUAUGAAUAUUUAAUUCGAGUGGAUUAUACUCCAGUUAUUGAAUCUAAUACUUCACUCAUUGAGGGUGAUUGUCCUGCUGGAUGGUUCCAACUUGGUACCGAUGAAUUUAAAUCUUGUUUUAUCUAUAUU